GGCGUCACGCCCCUGAACACCAGGAUAGUUGGAGGUGAAGACGCUCCAGCAGGAAGUUGGCCCUGGCAGGUUAGUCUGCAGAGAUUUGGCGGCCAUGUUUGUGGUGGAUCCCUCAUCAACAGAGAGUGGGUGAUGUCUGCUGCUCACUGCUUCUCCAGCACAAGUACGUCUAGAUGGCAGGUUUCUCUCGGUCGUCAGAACCUGCAGGGCAAAAACCCAAACGAAGAGUCCAGAGCCGUUGCCCAAAUCAUUUUGCAUCCAAAAUAUGACAGUUCCACCAGCGACAACGACAUUGCUCUGCUCAGACUCUCCUCACCAGUCAAAUUCACAGACUACAUCAGACCUGUGUGUCUGGCAGCCAGUGACAGUGUGUUCAACAACGGUACUGAUAGCUGGGUCACUGGCUGGGGUGCAGUCAAGGAGGGAGUGUCAUUACCGUUCCCUGAAACCCUUCAAGAAGUGGAGGUGCCAGUUCUGGGAAACAGACAUUGUAACUGUCUCAAUGGAGUCGGUACAGUCACAGACAACAUGAUCUGUGCUGGUGUUCUGGCAGGAGGCAAAGACUCAUGUCAGGGUGACUCAGGAGGUCCAAUGGUGAACCAGCAGGGCUCCGUCUGGGUCCAGUCUGGAAUUGUUAGUUUUGGUUUUGGCUGUGCUCGACCCAAUCUGCCGGGAGUCUACUCCAGAGUGUCCAGUUACCAGUCCUGGAUCAACUCCCACAUCAGCUCUGAUAAGCCAGGCUUUGUCCAGUUCACCUCCAGUGGGCUGGAUGCUGACAGCAGCUAUACCUGUCCUGGUCUGCCACCUCCUGUUAUUACUACUACUACUACUACUGGUACUGCAGGACCAGACACAACUACAGAUCCAGGAUCCACAGCAUCAAGUGCUAAAUUGUGUGGCGUCACUCCCCUGAACACCAGGAUAGUUGGAGGUGAAGACGCUCCACCAGGAAGUUGGCCCUGGCAGGCUAGUCUGCAGAAAUUUGGCGGCCAUGUUUGUGGUGGAUCCCUCAUCAACAGAGAGUGGGUGAUGUCUGCUGCUCACUGCUUCUCCAGCACAAGUACGUCUAGAUGGCAGGUUUCUCUCGGUCGUCAGAACCUGCAGGGCAAAAACCCAAACGAAGAGUCCAGAACUGUUGCCAAAAUCAUUUUGCAUCCAAACUAUGACAGUUCCACCAGCGACAACGACAUUGCUCUGCUCAGACUCUCCUCACCAGUCAAAUUCACAGACUACAUCAGACCUGUGUGUCUGGCAGCCAGUGACAGUGUGUUCAACAACGGUACUGAUAGCUGGGUCACUGGCUGGGGCGCAGUCAAGGAGGGAGUGUCAUUACCGUUCCCUGAAACCCUUCAAGAAGUGGAGGUGCCAGUUCUGGGAAACAGACAUUGUAACUGUCUCAAUGGCAUCGGUACAGUCACAGACAACAUGAUCUGUGCUGGUGUUCUGGCAGGAGGCAAAGACUCAUGUCAGGGUGACUCAGGAGGUCCAAUGGUGAACCAGCAGGGCUCCGUCUGGGUCCAGUCUGGUAUCGUUAGUUUUGGUUUUGGCUGUGCUCGGCCCAAUCUGCCGGGAGUCUACUCCAGAGUGUCCAGUUACCAGUCCUGGAUCAACUCCCACAUCAGCUCUGAUAAGCCAGGCUUUGUCCAGUUCACCUCCAGUGGGCUGGAUGCUGACAGCAGCUACACCUGUCCUGGUCUGCCACCUCCUGUUAUUACUACUACUACUACUACUACUACUACUACUACUACUGGUACUACUACUACUGCAGGACCAGACACAACUACAGAUCCAGGAUCCACAGCAUCAAGUGCUAAAUUGUGUGGCGUCACGCCCCUGAACACCAGGAUAGUUGGAGGUGAAGACGCUCCAGCAGGAAGUUGGCCCUGGCAGGUUAGUCUGCAGAGAUUUGGCGGCCAUGUUUGUGGUGGAUCCCUCAUCAACAGAGAGUGGGUGAUGUCUGCUGCUCACUGCUUCUCCAGUACAAGUACGUCUAGAUGGCAGGUUUCUCUCGGUCGUCAGAACCUGCAGGGCAAAAACCCAAACGAAGAGUCCAGAGCCAUUGCCAAAAUCAUUUUGCAUCCAAACUAUGACAGUUCCACCAGCGACAACGACAUUGCUCUGCUCAGACUCUCCUCACCAGUCAAAUUCACAGACUACAUCAGCCCUGUGUGUCUGGCAGCCAGUGACAGUGUGUUCAACAACGGUACUGAUAGCUGGGUCACUGGCUGGGGCGCAGUCAAGGAGGGAGUGUCAUUACCGUUCCCUGAAACCCUUCAAGAAGUGGAGGUGCCAGUUCUGGGAAACAGACAUUGUAACUGUCUCAAUGGAGUCGGUACAGUCACAGACAACAUGAUCUGUGCUGGUGUUCUGGCAGGAGGCAAAGACUCAUGUCAGGGUGACUCAGGAGGUCCAAUGGUGAACCAGCAGGGCUCCGUUUGGGUCCAGUCUGGAAUUGUUAGUUUUGGUUUUGGCUGUGCUCGACCCAAUCUGCCGGGAGUCUACUCCAGAGUGUCCAGUUACCAGUCCUGGAUCAACUCCCACAUCAGCUCUGAUAAGCCAGGCUUUGUCCAGUUCACCUCCAGUGGGCUGGAUGCUGACAGCAGCUACACCUGUCCUGGACUGCCACCUCCUGUUAUUACUACUACUACUACUGGUACUACUAUUACUACUACUAUUACUAAUCCAAUUAUUUCAACACCUUUAUUUGCAGUGUGUGGCGUCACGCCCCUGAACACCAGGAUAGUUGGAGGGGAAGACGCUCUACCGGGAAGUUGGCCCUGGCAGGUUAGUCUGCAGAGAUUUGGCGGCCAUGUUUGUGGUGGAUCCCUCAUCAACAGAGAGUGGGUGAUGUCUGCUGCUCACUGCUUCUCCAGUACAAGUACGUCUAGAUGGCAGGUUUCUCUCGGUCGUCAGAACCUGCAGGGCAAAAACCCAAACGAAGAGUCCAGAGCCAUUGCCAAAAUCAUUUUGCAUCCAAACUAUGACAGUUCCACCAGCAACAACGACAUUGCUCUGCUCAGACUCUCCUCACCAGUCAAAUUCACAGACUACAUCAGACCUGUGUGUCUGGCAGCCAGUGACAGUGUGUUCAACAACGGUACUGAUAGCUGGGUCACUGGCUGGGGCGCAGUCAAGGAGGGAGUGUCAUUACCGUUCCCUGAAACCCUUCAAGAAGUGGAGGUGCCAGUUCUGGGAAACAGACAUUGUAACUGUCUCAAUGGAGUCGGUACAGUCACAGACAACAUGAUCUGUGCUGGUGUUCUGGCAGGAGGCAAAGACUCAUGUCAGGGUGACUCAGGAGGUCCAAUGGUGAACCAGCAGGGCUCCGUCUGGGUCCAGUCUGGUAUCGUUAGUUUUGGUUUUGGCUGUGCUCGGCCCAAUCUGCCGGGAGUCUACUCCAGAGUGUCCAGUUACCAGUCCUGGAUCAACUCCCACAUCAGCUCUGAUAAGCCAGGCUUUGUCCAGUUCACCUCCAGUGGGCUGGAUGCUGACAGCAGCUACACCUGUCCUGGACUGCCACCUCCUGUUAUUACUACUACUACUAAAGACUGA